AUGGAUUGCAUGUUAAGAGAGUAUGUUGUUACUGCAUUGGGGGCUGGGCAGGGGAAGCAACAAGUUGUCGGCCAUUCUAAUUCUGAGCUUUCGGAACAGAAUAUUCAGAGUGAGACGGUGAACUUUGGAGGAGGAGCAGAAAAGAAAAAAGACAAGAAGAAGGAGAUGGCAGCCAUCACCGCAGCAACGGCCCGAGUGCUUCGUGAAACCAAGCCAAUACCCAACCUGGUAUUCGCCAUUGAGCAGUACGAGAAAUUUCUGAUUCACCUAACCAAGAAAUCAAAGGUGAAUUUGAUGCAGUACAUGAAACUCAGUACAUCAAGGGAUUUUAGAAUUAAUGCAGCCACGUUGGAUGCAGCACUCCAGGAACAAGAAGCAGAGGAAAUCCAGGAUGAAGCAAAUGAGCAGUCAAGUGUCACAAUGGAUGAAAACCAAGAAAACAGAGAACCAAAGAAGAAAAAAAGAAAAAGAUGAAACUGUAACAGCAAGGGCAGCAUCCAUGUCCAGUAAAUGUACAUGUCCCAUCUGAAUUUACACCCAUUGCAGGAUCUUAUCUAUUCAAAACGUCAUCCUCCAUCUCCAGGUUUUCAGUGCAGCUCUGCUAUGCUUACAUAAGUACUUCCCCUCCUGAUUUUAUGGGAUUAUCAAGAUGUUCUCAUGAAGCUCCAUCAAUUUGUACAAGUUGCGCCCGAAGGAGAUAAAACACUCAUGAACACUGUUAAUUGGGUAGUUGUCUUGCUGCUUCCCUGAGGUUGUCUCUCUGUGCCUGUUUCCUGUUUUGUGUCUGUUUCCGUUUGACAAGAGAUCCAUUUGUUUUUUCAAUAAUUUGAUAAAUGUCUAGUGCUUCUCCUGAAGGAACAAUAAAUAUAAAUUAUAAA